AUGAAUAAACAAAACAUGUUUGAGCAUACUCUUGAAGAACACGAAGAAUAUCGGAUUUUGAUUAAGGAAUGUAAGGAAUUGAUGGGCUUCAACAUGGAUGAUAGCAUUAUUCCUCCACACCUCCGAGAAUUAAAUGAUGCCAUUGAGAAUCUUGAUGUGAAUCGCCUUCGUCUUGCUUUAGAUAACUUAACUUCCGAUAUAGAUGAACCUUUCUAUGAAGAUAAAGAAACUGCUCUUCACUAUGCUUGUGAAUAUGGCUCUCUUCCCUGUGUUGAGCUACUCCUACAUAGGGGUGCUAACUUACAAGCUAAAAAUGCAUGGGGUGAGACACCUCUCCAUAUUGCCUCUUGUGGUAGCAUAGAAAUUGUUGAACUUUUACUAAAUCGUGCUAUUAAUCAAAAUACUAAAAAAAGUAUGUUACGGUCGGUUAAUAAAGAAGGUUCAACCCCUCUACAUGAAGCAGCAAGUGCAGGCGACGAAAAUAUAGAUGUUGUGCGAGUAUUGUUGGCUGCCGAUAUGAAUAAACAAAACAUAUUUGAGCAUACUCUUGAAGAACAAGAAGAAUAUCGGAUUUUGAUUAAGGAAUGUAAGGAAUUGAUGGAGUCGAUGGGCGACGACAUGGAUGAUAGCAUUAUUCCUCCACACCUCCAAGAAUUAAAUGAUGCCGUUGAGAAUCAUCAAGAUGUGAAUCGCCUUCGUCUUGCUUUAGAUAACUUAACUUCCGAUAUAGAUGAACCUUUCUAUGAUGAUAAAGAAACUGCUCUUCACGUUGCUUGUGAAUAUGGCUCUCUUCCCUGUGUUGAGCUACUCCUAGAUAGGGGUGCUAAUAAACAAGCUAAAAAUGCAUGUGGUGAGACCCCUCUCCAUAUUGCCUCUUAUUGUGGUGACACAGAAAUUGUCGAACUUUUACUAAAUCGUGCUGCUAAUCAAAAUACUAAAAAUAGUAUGUUACGAUCGCUUAAUAAAGAAGGUUCAACCCCUCUACAUGAAGCAGCAAGUGGAGGCGACGAAAAUAUAGAUGUUGUGCGAGUAUUGUUGGCUGCCGGUGCUUCUACCGAAAAAACUAAUUAUAAAAAUAAGUUAGCUAAACACAACACUCAAAUUAGGAGUUUGCUCAAGAAGAAACCUCUAAUAAUGAAAAGAAAGAAUUAG